AUUUUUUUUCCCUGUGCCUAAAUAUAAAUCAAAUCAUUCCAACUUAAAUAACUUUUAACCUAAAAAUAAUCUCUCCAUCUCUCUCUACCCAUCUCCCUUUCUCUCCUUCUUUCUUGAUCGCCCGUCACCGUGAAAAUCCAUCUCUGACACCGUUUCGCUAUCUCUAUAUAUCUGUCUGUUUGUUUCGCGGCAAUUCCUGAGCUGCCAAAUUCUCUCGCCGUCAGCCAACAGGCGGUGAGGAUGUCGACUCCUGCGAGGAAGAGACUGAUGAGGGAUUUCAAGAGGUUGCAACAGGACCCCCCUGCCGGUAUAAGUGGUGCUCCUCAAAACAAUAAUAUUAUGCUUUGGAAUGCUGUUAUAUUUGGUCCUGAUGACACCCCAUGGGAUGGAGGUACGUUUAAGUUGACACUUCAAUUCACAGAGGAUUAUCCAAAUAAGCCACCAACAGUGCGUUUUGUUUCUCGGAUGUUUCAUCCAAAUAUUUAUGCAGAUGGAAGCAUUUGCUUGGACAUCCUACAGAAUCAGUGGAGUCCUAUCUAUGAUGUAGCAGCUAUACUUACCUCCAUCCAGUCAUUGCUCUGUGAUCCAAACCCAAACUCUCCAGCAAAUUCAGAAGCUGCACGGAUGUUUAGCGAGAACAAGCGUGAAUACAAUAGGAGAGUCCGUGAGAUUGUUGAGCAGAGUUGGACUGCUGAUUAGCUUACUCCUGAUGGAGAUCUUUGGAAAAUCAGUUGAACAUCCUGUUUAAAUAACUUUGAAACUUGAAAACUUUUGUGUUGUGAAGAACUUGACUUCUGGUCUUGUGAAAUGUUUGCUCGGGCUUUAAUUCAAUGGCACUAGGCCUCGUAUAUCUAUAUGUUGGACCACCUGCCUUGGAGUUUUCUUUCA